UCUGAACUGAUAGCAUUGAUUGCUGCACCUGCUUUAGUUUGUAUUAAGAUGCAGAGUGUUAGAAUAGAGCGGUAGAAUAUGAAUUCUACCCGUAUCAUGUCGACGUCCGUGGUUAUACAACUUUUUUUAUGCAGGUUUUGCCAUGAACUACGCUAUGAGGAACCAGCUACCCACUGAAGAAAAGAACGUAUUGAUUCUUCAAAAGCCAACGGCCUGCCAAGGGCCUUCUCUGGCAUCGAGAGUGGCCGUAUCACUAUAGCUGAGCCUCUUGCUCGUGUGCCCCAUUCUAUUUAAAAUAUUUCCAUUAAAGCACGAAAAUUAAAAAUACUUCUUGUAAGGUGUAUUAAUAUUAGAUAUUUCAAUUUAAACUUAAUUCAGGAUAUUUCUACCAGAUGUUUGGGAGUUUGUAUUUUGAUAAGCUGGUAUUAUAAUAAUUCAAAAUGAAAUAUAAUUGAUAUGAUAAUUGUCAGUUGUCAAAAAUGGCGAAUCGAACAGUGAAAGACGCCAAAUCAAUUCGAGGAACAAAUCCUCAAUAUUUAAUUGAAAAGAUUAUUAGAUCUCGAAUUUACGAUUCCAAAUAUUGGAAAGAAGAAUGUUUUGCAUUGACAGCCGAAUUACUGGUAGACAAAGCCAUGGAGUUGCGAUAUGUCGGCGGGGUUCACGGGGGUUUUAUUUAUCCCACUCCUUUUCUGUGUUUAGUGCUAAAAAUGUUACAAAUUCAGCCAGAGAAAGAUAUUGUCGUUGAAUUUAUAAAAAACGAAGAAUUUAAGUACGUCCGUGGAUUGGGUGCCUUUUACAUGAGACUUACAGGUUCCUCUGUAGACUGCUACAAGUAUCUUGAACCUUUGUAUAAUGAUAAUAGGAAAUUACGGCGGCAAAAUCGUCAAGGACAGUAUGAAAUAGUCCACAUGGAUGAAUUUAUUGACGAGUUAUUACGUGAAGAACGCUUGUGUGAUAUAAUUUUACCGAGAAUACAAAAAAGACAUGUGUUAGAAGAAAAUAAUGAGUUAGAUCCUAAGGUUUCAGCAUUAGAUGACGAUUUAGAUGAGGAAAUGCCUUCAGAUGAAGAUAUUGUAGAGCCAGAAACCAAAGAGAACAGAAGAGAGAGUGAUAGGAAGGACAGAGAAAGAAGAAGAGAUAGAUCGCGCGACCGCCCUAAAAUAAUUAAUGACCGACGCGAAAAAGAUCGCAAAAGAGAUCGUUCAAGAAGUAGAGAUCGCGACCGUAGACGUGAAAGAGAACGCGAACGUGAAAGGGAGAGAGAACGACCUAGAGAAAGAGAACGGGAUAAAGAUAGAAGAGAUCGCCAUGAACCUGAAAGAAGAAGAGACAGAGGGAGAUAUUAAUAUUAUCGUUGUUAAAUAUCAAAUAAAGUCUUACAAGUAA